UAAUAUAGUGUAGAGUAAACCGCGUCAUUUACAAAUGACAGGUCUGGGCGGAUCGUGUGGAAAGUGCGUCUGCGGAUCGUCCCUCGCUCAGGGGGAGAGAGAGAUGGCGUGCUUGCUGGAGGCCCCUCUACGCAUUAGCGUGUUAUCUGAAGUCACAGCCACCAGUCGCCAUUAUGUUGACCGGCUCUUCGACCCCGACCCACAGAAAGUGCUGCAGGGAGUCAUCGAUAUGAAGAACGUGGUGAUCGGAAACAACAAACAGAAGGCGAACCUGAUCGUGCUGGGAGCCGUACCCAGGCUCCUGUAUUUACUUCAGCAGAGCUCAUCCAGUGCAGACUUGAGGACAGAGUGUGCAGUGGUGUUAGGCAGCCUGGCCAUGGGCACCGAGAACAACAUCAAGUCCCUGGUGGACUGUCACAUCAUCCCCACACUGCUGCAAGGUCUCUUGAGUCCUGACCUGGUCUUUAUCGAGGCCUGUCUGCGCUGCUUAAGAACAGUCUUUAUCAGUCCUGUCACGCCGGUGCAGCUCCUCUACACGGACCCCACUGUGAUCCCUCAUCUGAUGUCUCUGCUGAGCCGGUCCCAGCGCACACAAGAGUACAUCACUCAGAUCUUCUCCCACUGCUGCAAGACUCCAGAGCAUCAGACAGUUUUGUUCAACAACGGUGCAAUCGAGAAAAUCUCCCCACUGCUCACGUCAGCAUCCUAUAAGGUACGAAUGCAGGCGUUAAAAUGUUUCUCCGUCCUCGCAUACGAGAACCCUCAGGUCUCCAUGACGCUGGUGAACGUGCUGGUGGAUAGUGAACUGCUCUCUCAGGUUUUUGUGCAAAUGAUGCAAAGAGAUAAACCCAUCGAAAUGCAGCUGACCGCAGCCAAAUGUUUAACGUACAUGUGUCGAGCGGGAGCCAUCAGGACAGAUGACAACUGUAUAAUACUAAAGACUUUACCGUGCCUGGUGCGCAUGUGCAGUAAGGACCGGCUGUUGGAGGAGCGUGUAGAGGGGGCGGAGACACUGGCGUACCUGAUGGAGCCAGAUGUUGAACUCCAGAGGAUAGCGAGCGUCACGGAUCACCUGGUGGCCAUGCUCGCCGACUACUUCAAAUACCCCAGCUCAGUCAGUGCCAUCACCGACAUCAAGAGGCUGGAUCAUGACUUGAAGCAUGCACACGAGCUGAGGCAAGCAGCCUUCAAACUCUACGCCUCACUUGGCUCUAAUGAUGAAGACAUUAGGAAAAAGAUCACAGAGACGGAGAACAUGAUGGACAGGAUAGUGAGCGGCCUGUCUGAAUCCAGCAUAAAGGUCCGAAUAGCUGCUGUCAGAUGUCUCCACAGUUUGUCGCGAUCGGUACAACAGCUGAGGACGAGUUUCCACGAUCAUGCAGUGUGGAAGCCGCUAAUGAAGUUGUUACAGAAUGCCCCAGAUGAAGUGCUGGUCAUGGCCUCUUCAACACUAUGCAACCUGCUGCUGGAGUUUUCACCUAGUAAAGAGCCCAUCUUAGAGUCUGGAGUGAUCGACUUACUAUGCAGCUUAACACAAAGUGACAGCACUGCACUACGGGUCAACGGCAUCUGGGCUCUCAUGAACAUGGCUUUCCAGGCUGAUCAGAAGGUCAAGGUGGAGAUCAUGAGAGCACUGGGGACAGAACAACUCUUUCGGCUCCUCUCGGACCCUGACACCAAUGUGCUAAUGAAGACGCUGGGACUGCUGCGUAACCUGCUCUCCACACGACCACACAUAGACCAGAUCAUGAGCUCCCACGGAAAGCAGAUCAUGCAGGCAGUCACGUUGAUCCUGGAGGGAGAGCACAGCAUAGAGGUCAAAGAACAGACUUUGUGCAUACUGGCCAACAUCGCUGACGGAAACACGGCCAAAGAGCUCAUCAUGACAAAUGACGACAUGUUGCAAAAAGUCAAGUACUACAUGGGGCAUUCCAAUGUGAAGCUGCAGCUGGCUGCCACCUUCUGCAUUUCCAACCUGGUGUGGAACGAGGAGGACGGUGAGGGCGGCUCCCAAGAACGGCAGGAUAAAUUAAGGGAGAUGGGUUUUGUAGAUAUUUUACACAAACUCACCCAGGCAUCAGAUCCUAACCUCUGUGACAGAGCGAAGACAGCGAUGCAACAGUACUUAGCGUGACCCUGAGUGAAGGCAGCCAUCACUGAGAGGACUGGCCUCUGCUUGUAUCUCUUCUGUUUUUGAGUUUUUUGGAGUUUUAUUUUGUUGCACAAGACACCUUUCGAACCUGCAGACACUCUCCCGAUCAAUGCCAUAACCUAGAGACGUGGUUGCCAGGGGCAAUGGAACGUUUGCGAACAUGUCUUCUACUUUUUGUGCUGAACUCCAAGAAGACAGGUUUUCUGUGUUUCUCCUCUUUUUUUUUCUUUUUGGUUUUGGAUUUUGGACAGUGAUUAGGUUUAAAAAAAACAAAAAACAAAAAAAAAAAAAAACAAAGAAAAAAAGAAAGGACUUUAAUCUGCUUGUGCUGCAGUGCCACCUGGUGGUUUGGAUGCUUUGGUGCUUUGGACUUUGUCUCGGACUGCUAAGCUAAACAGACUAAUGGCAGGGUCAAAGGGAGCAUCGUCUCCUUAUUUCAGUUUGCUGACAUGUUAUUGAUAUUAUAAUUAUUAGCAUUAAUUAUUAUUAUUGUUGUUUUAAGAGGGGCUUCAUUAAGAGAGGACAAAGUUUAAAAAAAAAAAGACUGCUUUUUGUGGAUACAUACCUCGUAAAUAUCUCUCUCUAAAUAUAUAAAUAUAUAUAUAUAUAUAAAUAUAUAAAUAUAUUUUUUGAUUUAUAAUUUCCCCCAGAUUUUCUUUUCCUUGUGUGGUUUGAUCUACGUGUUUAUUUGUAGGGAAUGAGGACAGUAUGGUAGAGGCUGGGGUGAACACUGCUGUCUUGUGGGGGAGUAAAGAUGCGCAUUAAAAAUAAUAGAAAGGUUUAUAAAAGUAAACGUGGGCUUAAAUCACCUUGAAUCUCUGCCUUGCAACUCGCAAUGCAGGUCUAAUCUAUUUGAUGAUAUAUUUUAUUCUUUUUUUUCUCUCUAAUUUAUGACACUGGUUUCUUUCAAACAAUAUAUUUCUGUGUUAUUUAUAAUGCUGUUCUGUGAAAGAACCCCCCACCCCAUCCCCCCACCGCCCGAAUCGCCACAGGUUCAAAAAGCAAAAAUCAGAAGGUAUCUAUGAUUAAGACUAACAGGUGAAAAGUGCUGCUCUCGGUUGUACUGCCUUUGCUGUUCACUGGAGCAGAGUCUACCUCCCUUAACCUCCAGCAUUCACUCCUUCUUUUAGUCAUUGACAAUGAAUGUUCCCAUUUGAAAUAUAUGCAGACCACUGCCACGGAGCUGG